AUGGCCUUCCAGGUCCGAGACAUCAAAAACCGACCCCCACUUCCCUACAAGGACGAUAUCAGGGCUUUCACCAAGGAAUAUGCCGAGUCUCUCGACGCCCGAGACCCGCUCCAUCAUUUCCGAAAUGAAUUCAUUAUUCCUUCAAAAUCCGAUCUGAAGAGAAACACCCUAGCCGUUGACGAGCCCCUUGACGACGCUGCCGAUUCCAGAUGUAUUUACCUGUGCGGAAACUCUCUUGGAGUGCAGCCUCGCAACACGCGGAAGUACAUUGAGCAUUAUCUGCGGACCUGGGCCUUGAAAGGCGUCACCGGUCAUUUUACACCCCAUGAUGACCAGCUCCUGCCGCCGUUUGUCGACGUCGACGUUGCCGGCGCAAAGCUCAUGGCCCCGGUCGUGGGGGCCCUCCAGAGCGAAGUGGCGCUCAUGGGCACCCUGACGGCUAAUCUGCAUCUUCUCAUGGCAAGCUUCUAUCAGCCGACCCGGGACCGAUACAAGAUCAUUAUCGAGGGCAAGGCUUUCCCGAGUGAUCAUUAUGCCGUUGAAUCUCAAAUCAAGCAUCACAACUUGAACCCCAAGGAUGCCUUGGUUCUCAUCGAGCCCAAGGACACUGAUCGGCCGAUUUUAACGACGGAGCAAAUCCUCCAAGUUAUUGAUGAGAAUGCCUCGAGUACUGCUGUCCUCCUUCUCUCCGCAGUACAGUUUUACACCGGCCAGUACUUUGACGUCGAGAAGAUCACCGCGCACGCGCAGUCCAAGGGCAUCAUUGUGGGCUGGGACUGCGCUCACGCAGCAGGCAAUGUCGACUUGCGCCUGCACGAUUGGAAUGUAGACUUUGCGGCGUGGUGCAACUACAAAUACCUCAACAGCGGACCCGGUGGCAUGGCCGGUAUCUUUGUCCACGAGAGACAUGGUCAAGUGGAUAUGGACCGCGCUGAUGGGGACGGCGAACCCUUUCGACCCCGAUUGUCGGGCUGGUGGGGAGGAGACAAGAAGACCCGGUUUCUUAUGAACAAUAACUUCUUGCCCCAGCCAGGCGCAGCAGGAUACCAGGUAUCCAACCCAUCCGUGCUGGAUAUCAACGCAGUAGCUGCUUCACUUGAGCUGUUCAACCGCACAUCCAUGGCCGAGAUUCGCCAAAAGUCCCUAGACCUCACGGGGUAUCUGGAGCAUCUGCUUCUGACCUACCCUCUUGAUGCACCGCCCGAGGAGAAGCCGUUCAUUAUCAUCACUCCGUCAAACCCGGAAGAGCGCGGUGCGCAGCUUAGUCUGCGGCUGCAGCCCGGCCUUUUGGACCACGUCCUGGAGGUCCUGGAAGAACAUGCGGUCGUCAUUGACGAGAGGAAACCAGACGUGAUUAGGGUUGCACCAGCACCUCUAUAUAACACUUAUGUGGACGUGUGGCAGUUCUGCCAGGUGUUUUAUGAUGCCUGCCGGAAGGCUGUGAACGCGCGGAAAUAA